CAUUCACACUUUAUCUGAGACAUGAUGAAGUUCCAGCUCGCUUUUUCCUUGGGGAUCGUAUUUGCCCUUCAGUUACAACUGUCCGAAUGCAUCACUGGAAACUCAACUUGGGACCCACAAAGCCAUGACAAAAAAAAUACACGACCACUCAAAAAUAAGAACCAAAAACCCCGACCAUCCCAAACUGACAAGAACUUGGAAAACUCGCCCCUUAUCGACAUACUUAAUGCCGCCUCUAAUGGGACAUUACUCCGGAACUUGCCGGACUACGCGAUGCCACUCUUAAUCCAAAUAAUUCGUCCCAUGGCAGCUCAGAUACGAGAAUCCGCCACGAAAUCCAACCAGACAUCUUCAUCGCCAUUAAUGGACUUGAUAACAUCAAUUCGGAAUUCUACCAUCAUGGCGGCCCCAAAACGGAGGGCCCAGUUGCAAGAACAGAUACAAAGAUGGAGGAACACUUUCAAUUUUGGAGGGGGGAUUACUUCCCCAAAUUCGGAUGGAAAUGAAUCUGGGAAAAUUACGUCUCCACCGACAACCUCGGUAUUUGGUGGAUUUUCCUCUGGUCUGGCAAACCUUGUCAGGUGCAACCCUAUCGACAGGUUUAAUGGGGCUUGUGUCUAGGUGGACUAAAUGCAUACUUACAAUGCACUCCUGUUGGCGGCUACACUCGGAUUUCGAUGGGACCAAUUUUAAUUUGUUGAGGGACCAAAAUAAGCGGACCCGUAUUUUAACAUUUUCUUGAAUGCGCGAUUUUAAAUGCUUGGCGGAAUUUUCAAAAUAAUUUUCAGCCAAAAUCUAAGGUUUUCAAAAUGCUGUAAUUUUUCGAAUUUUGGUGCGAUUUCAAAAAAUCAAAAAUAUCUAUGUAUGCUUAGAAUCAG